ACAGAUUUCAUUUUUUUUUUCCGGAACGCCAGCAGCAGGGUCGGGAAGAAGGCGGCUACUGUCUGAGGUGGCCUUGGGCGGCCUCUGAGCGUUUGUGUCCCUCGCCCGCCACCUUCCUUCUUUGUUCCCGCCAUGCCGAUGUACCAGGUAAAGUCCUAUCAUGGAGGCAGCGCCCCUCUGCGUGUAGAGCUUCCAACCUGCAUGUACCGGCUCCCCAACGUGCACAGCAAGACAGCCAGCCCCGCGACCGACGCGGGCCACGUGCAGGAAACAUCUGAGCCAUCUUUGCAAGCCCUUGAAUCCCGCCAAGAUGACAUUUUAAAGCGCUUGUAUGAGUUGAAGGCAGCAGUUGACGGCCUUUCAAAGAUGAUUCAUACUCCAGAUGCGGACUUGGAUGUAACCAACAUCCUGCAAGCUGAUGAGCCCACACCUUUAACCACAAAUGCACUGGACUUGAAUUUGGUGCUUGGAAAGGAUUAUGGGGCGCUGAAAGACAUCGUGAUCAACGCAAACCCAGCCUCUCCGCCCCUCUCCCUGCUUGUGCUGCACAGGCUGCUCUGUGAACGCUACAGGGUCCUGUCCACUGUGCACACACAUUCGUCAGUCAAGAAUGUACCUGAGAAUCUUCUCAAGUGCUUUGGGGAGCAGGCUAGGAAACAGUCCCGUCACGAGUAUCAGCUGGGCUUCACCUUGAUUUGGAAGAACGUGCCCAAGACACAGAUGAAGUUCAGUGUACAGACAAUGUGCCCCAUCGAAGGAGAAGGGAACAUUGCACGAUUCUUGUUCUCUCUGUUUGGCCAGAAGCAUAACGCUGUCAACUUAACCCUCAUCGACAGCUGGGUGGAUAUUGCCAUGUUUCAGCUGAAAGAAGGAAGCAGUAAAGAGAAAGCAGCCGUCUUCCGCUCUAUGAACUCUGCUCUGGGGAAGAGCCCGUGGUUGGUUGGGAACGAGCUCACCGUGGCAGAUGUGGUGCUGUGGUCUGUGCUCCAGCAGACGGGGGGUGGCAGUGGGACAGCACCCGCCAAUGUGCAGCGGUGGCUGAAGUCCUGUGAGAACCUGGUCCCCUUCAGCACUGCCCUCCAGCUCCUUAAGUGAAUUCUAGCAGCUUGUCUUGCAGGGUUCAAUAUAAAAAUGAUAUGGCUUCGAGUUUAUUGUCAGGAAAGGGACUCGUCCUAGAAUCACAAUCUUUUCACUAAGCCAUUUGUCGAGCAUCAAUAAACAUACAGUCUGUGGAUUUUAUUUUA